GGCUUAGUUUUGCAUGUUCCCAUCCAUCCUGCACGACGCGAAAGGGCCCCUUAUCCACCUCUCCUGUGUACUAGGAACACCUCCACUGGUGAUCAGCCUUUGCCUGUGUUUGUCUUGUGGAGAAGCAGCAGCACCUUUUUCAGGAGUGGGUUUUUUAUUCAACAAGAAGUCCUGAAGGUUUUGGAUGCGGUGCUUCAGGGAUGUGGGCACUUUGAGAGCAGCAUCACCCACAAACACAAACAACUGCCAUCGAUUUUUCUGUGAAUAGCACAAAAAAAGAGAGAGAAAAACAAAGAGGAACAAUAGCAACACAAAAAAAAUCUUGUCUAUUGAACAAUUCACUUUUCCAGUCUGUGGAUACCGCUCUAACUAAGUACAGCACUUUGAGAAUUGUUCACAUCGGACGGACUGAAGAGGGAGGCAAGACCUGUGGACCGGGUUUUCCCUCGCAAGUCUGAAUCGGCUCUCGCUACUUAUCCCGUGAAAAAACCAACCCUAAAGGAUAACACGCUUGGACGUUUAUUUCCCUAAUUUCGCAGGAGGCUCUUUUUUCACGCAAAUUGUCCUAAAUGUUUGGAAUUCAGGAAACUAUACCGCGGGGUGGGACGACGAUGAAGGAGGAACCGCUCGGUGGACUGAACUCGGUCCGCUCCUGGAUGCACACAGCUGGGGUGGUGGAUGCAAACACAGCCGCCCAAAGCGGUGUCGGCUUGGCACGGGCACAUUAUGAAAAGCAGCCCCCUUCCAACCUCAGAAAAUCCAAUUUUUUCCAUUUCGUCCUGGCGCUGUAUGACAGACAGGGUCAGCCCGUGGAGAUCGAAAGGACAGCUUUUGUGGACUUUGUGGAGAAAGAAAAAGAACCAACCAGUGAAAAAACUAACAAUGGGAUACAUUACAAACUACAGUUAUUGUACAGCAAUGGCGUCAGAACAGAACAGGAUCUUUACAUACGGUUAAUCGAUUCCAUGACGAAGCAGGCCAUAGUUUAUGAGGGCCAAGACAAGAAUCCAGAAAUGUGCAGAGUUCUUCUUACCCAUGAAAUUAUGUGCAGCCGAUGCUGUGACAAGAAAAGCUGUGGAAACAGGAACGAGACUCCAUCAGACCCUGUGAUCAUUGACAGAUUCUUCCUAAAGUUCUUCCUCAAGUGCAAUCAGAACUGUCUGAAGAAUGCAGGGAAUCCACGAGACAUGCGCAGAUUCCAGGUUGUCGUAUCGACGACCGUCAAUGUGGACGGCCAUGUCUUGGCUGUCUCCGACAACAUGUUUGUACACAACAAUUCCAAGCAUGGGCGAAGGGCUCGCAGACUCGACCCUUCAGAAGGUACGCCUCCUUAUCUGGAGAAUGCAGCCACCCCGUGCAUCAAGGCUAUCAGCCCAAGUGAGGGAUGGACCACUGGAGGAGCCACAGUCAUCAUCAUAGGGGACAACUUCUUUGAUGGCCUACAAGUCGUGUUCGGCACCAUGCUCGUAUGGAGCGAGCUGAUAACUCCCCACGCCAUCCGCGUCCAGACUCCACCUCGACACAUCCCCGGUGUUGUGGAAGUCACGCUGUCCUACAAGUCCAAGCAGUUCUGCAAAGGUGCCCCUGGGAGAUUUGUCUAUACUGCCCUGAAUGAGCCAACCAUCGACUAUGGUUUCCAGAGGCUGCAGAAGGUCAUCCCCAGACACCCCGGUGAUCCUGAGAGGUUACCAAAGGAGGUGCUACUGAAGAGGGCGGCCGAUCUCGUCGAAGCCCUGUAUGGAAUGCCCCACAACAAUCAGGAGAUCAUUCUGAAGAGGGCAGCUGACAUCGCCGAGGCCCUGUACAGCGUUCCCCGCAACCACAACCAGAUCCCCUCUCUCGCUAACACAGCCUCCCACGGCAUGAUGGGAGUCAACUCCUUCAGCAGCCAGCUAGCAGUCAAUGUGUCUGAGUCACAAGGGAAUGACCAAGUGGGCUACAGCCGGAACACCAGCAGCGUGUCCCCCCGGGGCUACAUCUCCAGCAGCACCCCGCAGCAGUCGAGCUACAACACCGUCAGCAACAGCAUGAAUGGCUACGGCAAUGCCGGUAUGAACCUGGGAGUGCCAAGCUCCCCUGGGUUCCUCAACGGAUCCUCUGCCAACUCCCCAUAUGGAAUUAAACAAAAGAGCGCCUUCGCCCCUGUGGUCCGACCCCAGGCCUCCCCACCCCCCUCCUGCACCAGCGCCAACGGCAACGGACUGCAAGGUGAGCCCCCCUCACCCCCUCAUCCCUUCCCUACGGACUACUGGUCAGAUACCGCUGCUCAGGCCUCUGUCCGGUUUGCCAUGUCCGGCCUGGUUGUCCCUCCAAUGUAAAUGCACUUUCAUCAUCUCAAGCACCAGUCUACACACUACCACUUCACAGGAGCACACAGCAACAAAAAAAACGCUGGUGUAAUGUAUAGUCAACCGCUUGUUCUGUUUUUAAAGAUGAAGAGAAAAAAAAAGAAAAGAUUUUUUUCUUUUAAAUGACUUUUGCAAACCUGCAGAAAAAAAGGAUUUCAUGAGGAACAAUAUUUUUUUUUUCUGUGGGAUUUUUUUUUUGUUUGUUUGUUUAUCCCCCCCUCCCCUUACCCCCUUUUCCCUCUCCGCAUUUUAUCACCCUUGAAGAGGACACAGGAUGAUGAAGGGUUUAUUUUGUAUACCUGUCGGGUUGUGCUUCGGCCUUGGAUAUGUCCAAUCAACCACACAUUCAAUACUGGAAGGGACUCUGUGGACUCACCAUCUGGUUGUAAAGUAAAAACACUGAUGUACAGUACAUUUGCCAAUGAACUUCAGAAUUUCUUUUUGUUUUUCUGUUUCAACUCUCUUUUAAUAGAUUCACAACAGUUGUGCGUCUUUAUAAUGUGACUUUUUGUAUUUUUAUGUGUGAGAAAAAUACACAGGGGCCAAGACAGUUUGAAUUUCAACUGGAAAAUAUAUGAGAUAUAUAAUGUAGAAAAAUUGAUCAUAAAAGUACAACAAAUACGAGUAAAAAGGGG